AGUCGGGCAAAACGAUAUUUGUUGUUUAUUUGCAAAACAUCCACAUUUUUAGUUAAAAUCAUGAAACUUGUUUUGUAUGUGAUUAGCUUUGCAUUUUAUUCUGUUUGAUCUUCAAGAAGAGAUAUAAUGUGCAGUUAGUGGUGUCUUUUAAUCAGAUCAUUUACUUGUUGGAAAUAUGUUGAUGUUAUUAAUUCUGCAUUUAAUGAUACUUGGCCAAAUUAUCGGAGAAGAAGAGGAAGUAAAACUGGUAAACUUGGGUGAAGCAUGUAUGAGAUGUUUGUGUUAUACCGCCACAGGUUGUGAUCUGAUCAGAGAUUGUGUGGACGGUUAUUGUGGGCCAUAUAAAAUUAGUAAAAUUUAUUGGGUGGAUGCUGGGCAAGUUGUGUUAGCAAAUGAUGAAGUGAUCAGGAUAGGAGCCUAUGAAGACUGUGCUAGAAACUACCAUUGUGCGCGAAAAAUUGUCUUAAAUUAUCUUAUGAAAUUUGGAAGGGAUUGCAACGAAGAUGGUGUGACGAAUUGCGAAGAUUAUGCAAUGAUUAAUUUCAAUGGUGGAUAUUCGUGUUCUGCUCCUUUAAACAAAACAGAAAAUGGCAGAGCUUGGCUGAAGAGAUUUGAAACUUGUAAGCCGGUUAUGGCUGAUUUCUAUAGAUGACAUGCGUCUUAUACAUAAAAUAAUUGAAGUACAAAUUUAAGUUCUCAUUUAGAGUAAUAAUUAUUAUUAAUAUCAAAAAUAUAUUAAAUAUACUUUUUAUUAAUAAAAUAAUGUUUUUAUUAAUUAAAAUAAAUGAAGAACCUUGUUUUAAUAAAAUUAUUCCCUUUUUUUUGUUAUAUUAUCGAAUAAAUAUCACAUAGAUAUUUUUUUGUAGUAAAUUUGCACGGAAAACUCGAAAGUAUUAAUGUUUUACCCGAGUUUUUGAAAUAUUACCAAAAAGUUUUAUUUUUGAAAAUUGGAGUACAUUGUGGUAGAGUAUUUUCCUUUCCCCUAAAUAUUUUCUACCAUUUUCUUGACUUUAUAAAGGGCUUUUUUACGAACAUUU